AUGUCAAGUGAGGAGAGCUACCGGGCCAUCCUGCGCUACCUGACGAACGAGAGCGAGCCGUACGCGCCGGGCACGGAGGGCAAUGUCAAGCGCAAGAUCCGCAAGGCGGCCGCCUGCUACGUGGUGCGCGACGGGACGCUGUACUACCAGCGGCGGCAGCGGCACCGCAAGACCUUCGCGGAGCUGGAGGUGGUGCUGCAGCCCGAGCGGCGCUGGGGGCUCAUCGAGGCGGCGCACCUGGGCCCGGGCGGCACCCACCACACCCAGCAUCAGACCUGGCACGACCUGUCCAAGACGUACUGGUGGCGAGGUAUAUUAAAGCAAGUCAAAGAUUACAUUAAACAAUGUAGCAAAUGCCAGGAGAAACUAGAUCGCUCCCGUCCAAUAUCAGAUACUUCAGAAAUGUUGGAAGAAUUAGGACUAGACCUUGAAUCUGGAGAUGAAAGUAAUGAAUCAGAGGAUGACCUGAGCAACUUUACUUCAACUCCAAGUACAGCCUCCAAGUCUGCAAAAAAGAAGCCAAUAUCUAAACAUGAACUUGUAUUUGUUGACACCAAAGGAGUGGUGAAACGUUCUUCUCCAAAACAUUGUCAGGCUGUGUUAAAGCAACUGAAUGAACAGAGACUCUCCAACCAGUUCUGUGAUGUUACUUUGUUAAUUGAAGGAGAGGAGUACAAAGCUCAUAAAUCUGUUUUGUCAGCUAAUAGUGAAUAUUUUCGAGAUCUUUUUAUUGAGAAAGGAGCUAUUUCCAGUCAUGAGGCUGUGGUGGAUCUUUCCGGUUUCUGUAAAGCAAGCUUCCUGCCUUUACUGGAAUUUGCCUAUACUUCUGUGCUAAGUUUUGAUUUCUGUAGCAUGGCUGAUGUAGCCAUCUUGGCUCGGCAUCUCUUCAUGUCAGAAGUUUUAGAAAUUUGUGAAAAUGUACAUAAACUAAUGGAAGAGAAGCAGCUAACGGUAUAUAAGAAGGGUGAAGUACAAACAGUUGCAUCUACACAGAACUUGCCAGAACAAAACAGAGAUACAGCACCUCCUGUGGUUAACAAUGAGGGAACCAGCACAGCUUUACCUUCUGACCUUGGGGAUUGUGAAAUUGUGCUGUUGGUGAAUGGAGAAGCGCCAGAAACUGAGCAGCACGGAGAGCCCAGACAGCAGCCUGAGCCCCAGGUCUCUGCAGAGGCUGAGGCUGCCCCGUCACCUUCGCCUGCAGGCUGUGCAGCUGAUCCUCAUCCUGAAGUGGAGUCUGUCGGUUUAGUGACAAAAAACAACCAGACAGAACUAGAAACUGAAAACAGCAGAGAAGGUAGCACAGUUUCUAAUAUUUGUCCUAAGCUUUCCAAAGAGAAUGAAAUCAGUGGCUCUCCAAAAAACAGUGAUAUGGGAAAUGAUACAUCAAAUGAGGAUAUUUGUGAAGACAUUCCAGAGCAUAGGCAGAGCCUUGGCCAGUCUUUAAAAGAUCAGGAAAAUCUAGUUGCAAAGACAGACCUCAGCCCUGAUGAUGAUACUUACAGAAGCAGGCUUCGACAGCGUUCUGUCAACGAAGGGGGAUAUAUUCGACUACACAAAGGAAUGGAGAAAAAGCUGCAGAAACGGAAAGCCACUCCCAAGUCAGCAGUCCAACAGGUAGCCCAGAAAUUAGUUCAAAGAGGAAAAAAGAUGAAACAGCCAAAAAGGGAUGCUAAAGAGAAUACUGAAGAAGAAGCAUCGCAUAAAUGCGGGGAAUGUGGAAUGGUUUUUCAGAGAAGAUACACGCUUAUAAUGCACUCACUGAAACAUGAAAGAUCUAGAGAUUACAAAUGCCCGCUGUGUAAGAAACAGUUUCAGUACAGUGCCUCCUUGAGAGCACACCUUAUUCGACAUUCCAGAAAAGUUGCACCCUCUUCAUCAUCUUCCAAUUUCACAUCCAAUGAGGCAUCAGGAACAUCGUCUGAGAAGGGCAGGACCAAACGAGAAUUUAUAUGUUCCAUAUGUGGAAGGACAUUACCUAAAUUAUAUUCUCUUCGAAUACACAUGUUAAAGCACACUGGUGUAAAGCCACAUGCAUGCCAGGUCUGUGGGAAGACUUUCAUCUACAAACAUGGUCUGAAAUUACACCAGAGUCUCCAUCAAUCACAAAAGCAGUUCCAGUGCGAUCUAUGUGCUAAGUCAUUUGUUACCAAACGGAGUCUUCAAGAACAUAUGAGUAUUCACACAGGAGAGUCCAAGUACCAUUGCUCAGUGUGUGGAAAGUCUUUUCACAGGGGCUCUGGCCUCAGCAAGCACCUAAAGAAGCACCAGCCGAAGCCCGAGGUUCGAGGCUAUCACUGCACUCAAUGUGAAAAAAGUUUCUUUGAAGCUAGAGAUCUUCGUCAGCACAUGAACAAACAUCUUGGUGUGAAGCCAUUUCAGUGCCAAUAUUGUGAUAAGUGCUAUAGUUGGAAGAAAGAUUGGUAUUCCCAUGUGAAGUCUCAUUCUGUCACUGAUCCUUAUAGAUGUAAUAUAUGUGGCAAAGAGUUUUAUGAAAAAGCAUUGUUCAGAAGGCAUGUAAAGAAAGCUACCCACGGGAAAAAAGGAAGAGCAAAGCAAAACCUAGAACGUGUCUGUGAACGAUGUGGAAGGAAAUUCACUCAACUGAGAGAGUAUAGGAGACACAUGAACAAUCAUGAAGGAGUUAAGCCAUUUGAGUGCUUAACAUGUGGAGUAGCUUGGGCCGAUGCCCGAUCUCUAAAACGCCACGUCAGAACACAUACUGGUGAACGGCCCUAUGUUUGCCCUGUGUGCAGCGAAGCCUACAUAGAUGCUCGGACACUCCGCAAACAUAUGACUAAAUUCCACAGGGAUUAUGUGCCUUGCAAGAUUAUGCUGGAGAAAGAUACCCUUCAGUUCCAUAACCAAGGGACUCAAGUGGAGCAUGCUGUUAGCAUCGUAACAGCAGACAUUCACGAGGAGGAAAGCAAUGAGCCUCAGGAACUUGAGACUGUGGUGGUGACCGGAGAAAGCAUGGAAGCUCUGGAAGCCGUCGCAGCCACUGAAGAGUAUCCGUCCGUAUCUACGCUCUCUGACCAGAGCAUUAUGCAGGUGGUCAAUUACGUGUUGGCACAACAGCAAGGACAGAAGGUAUCUGAAGUUGCAGAAGCUAUUCAAACUGUUGAAGUAGAGGUGGCACAUAUUUCAGAAGCAGAGUGA